AUGAAUAUCAAUUACUUAUAUUAAUAAAUUGAAGACUAGGAUGAAUAGAUCGAGAAGGCCACUAAAGUUAUUGAAACACUUACAGCAGAAGUAAGAAUGCUCCCUAAUACAAGAUUGAAAACCAAUAAAAAGAGAUUAUAAGAUUGAAAUAUGAAAAUGAAUAUUUGAAUUCAUAAAAUAAAAUACUUGAAAAGGAAAAGCUUACACUUUUAAAAGAGAGCAAUAAUAUUGAUACCAUUAAAAAAUGUGAAAUUAGACAAAAGCAGAUUAAUGUGAAUUAAAAAGAAAAAAUUGAGAAAUUCCAAAACUUAUGGGCAUAAUAGGAGUUGAAUUAUAACAAUACUAUCAUAGAAUUAAAUGAAAAUAUUAAAUAGUUAUAAUUGCAAAAUGAAGAAAAAUCAAAUGAUCUAGAAUUACUUUACAAACAAGGAUAAUAACAAUAAUUAGCAAUAAAUUAAGUAAUGGAAAUUUUAGAAUAAAAGGAACAAGAAUUAUAGUAAUUAAAUUAAUAUCUUAAUAAUCAAAAAGAAAAUUAAGAUUAUUUUAGUUCUUAGUAUAAAUAAGACAUAGAAAAUCUAAAGAAAUUCACAGAAAACUUAUUUAUUUAGUCAGAUAAAAAUAUAGUUAUGCAAAUUAAUAAAAAUAAAAAUUAAAGGAAUGGCUCAUCAUAAAAAGAUAUUAAUUAGACUAAUCAAAUUGCUUAGCAAUAUAAAGAGGAAUAAAAAGAUGAAUUACUUAUUUAUGAUAUUAUUUUGAGAUAAAGUAAUUAUAUAAAUGAAAUAUAUGCAAAGUUAUAAAAUACUAUUUCAAAUGAAUAACUUUCAGAAUUUAUUGUUCAAGUAAAUUAUAUGAGAUAAUAUUAUGAAAUCAUUUAAGAUUAAAUUUAAGAAAUCAACACUGAAAGAAAUAUUAUUUAUCAAGUAAGAUAUUUAUUUUUAAUCUCAGGCUUAUCAGAAUUUAGUGUAAUAAUCUAAAACUUAGUAAUCAUAUAUUGAACAACUUGUAAUAAUAAUUAAAAAUUACUAAAAUAGUUAAAACAAUCUUGAUAUUGAGGAAAUUAAUAAUAUUUAGUAAUUAGAUUUUAAAAUUCUUAAUCCAAUUAAUGAAUAUAUGCAAAAAAUAUUAUAAAGUCAUUAAUCUAUAUUGUUAGCUAAAGAUGAAGAGAGAAUCUCUUUAGAACGUUAAAAUUAAAAGUUAUAAUAGAAACUAGAUUAAAUUUAAUCUUAAUAAUAAUAAUAAAUGCAAAAUUCUUAAUAAUCGCAAUAAUUAGUUUCUUUAUUGUAGAAUCCUAAAAAAUCAGUUAAAAGCAAUAACAAUUAAAAUAAGAUGGAAUUAUUGGAAAAGGAAAAUUUAUAACUAAUUGAAUAAUUGAACGAGCUUUCAAAAGAACAUGAAGAAACUGUUAAAAUGCUUGAUAAAGCAAUAACAUAAUUAGAGUAAUAAACUGAAACAAUUUAAAAAUUUGAAUUAGAAUAAAAUAAUAAAAUGAAAAAUAAAAAUAGUUUUAUUGAAACAUAAUAACCUACUACAUAAUUAAUAGAAUCAUAAAUUGAUAAAUUUUUGGAAUCAUGUUCUGUAAUAAUUAUUAAUAUUCAAGUUACUGACUCCAUUAAAAUCAUAACCUGAUAGUGUAGUUUAAAAGACCAAUAUAUUGAUUGAUCUUGUUACAAUGCUAACAGAUUCUUAACAGUAAGAUAUAAUAUUUAAAUAGUGAUAUUUUAUCAAAAUUAUUAGUAACUUUUUUAGUGACAAGAGAUAAUAAGAGUUUAUAGGGAUUUGAAAAAGAUUUUUCGACUCUUAAAUCAAUUAGACAUAAUGUUGGAAUAUUAGAUUAUUUGGAUUAAUUGGAAUGUUUGAAGAAUGAUUUGUUAAAUAUUAUUGAAAAAGAAUUGAAAUGUGAAUAUGCAAUACCAUAUGGAAAAUCAAUUCUUAUUUAAGUUCUUAAUUAGAUUGCUUAAAAAUAUAUGGAAAUAGUUUAAAAAGAUACAUAAUCAAUUGAAAAAGAGAUGAAGAAAUACAAAAACCAUAUAAUAAUAUAUAAGAUGUACAAAUAAUGGAAAGAGUGUAUUUUGGAUUUUAGUGAAAUAAUAUUUGAGAUUAUAGAAAGUAUUGAUCAUAUAGGUUAACCUUAAUUUGAAAAUAAAUUGAAUAGGUAAAUUGAAAAGCUUAACUACAAUUUCAUUGAUAAUUUCAAUGAUUGA